GGACGUCGAACACCUGGAACCAUCAUCGAAAACACACUACAACGCAGCAUGGCUGAGUCGGACUUCGUGACACGGCAAUACGCAUCCGAGCAAUUCGUCGAGAGCUGCGGCGCAGUGCUGUUCAUUUCAUCGAAACCAGCAAACGCCAAAGUCUGCUUGGUCAACCUUCGCAGCAAAAACGAGUGGAUGCUGCCCAAAGGAAGACGGAAUAUUGGCGAGUCGCGAAAGGAAGCCGCGUUGCGGGAAGUGGCAGAAGAGACAGGCCUCCAAUGUCGACUGCUACCGGUUACAAUGCCGACGAGAGCAUGUGCCCCGGAUGACCCUCCUGACGUUCCCGACGAAGCUCGAACCCAGAUAGACAUCACUGAACCAUUUAUGUGCACGGUCAGGGAGCUGCCCAAGGGGAACGGGACCAAGCUGAUCUGGUGGUAUAUUGCAGUACUGGCGCAUGAUGCGUAUAGCCGAAGAGGGGCGGGAGAAGAGCAGUUCAAGCCCGAGUUUUUCACAGCCGACGAUGCGGUUCAGAAGUUGCACUUCGAAGCGGAUCGAGAAGUGCUCAGGAAGGCUGUCGAAAUCAUCAACACGACUGAAUUCUGGCAGAAACGUCUCAAUUUUCUCAACCCAAACGAAUUAACAACAUAUUGAGCGAGCACUCAGUCGUUCUUAGUGAACCACUGCUCUGAUGCUUGGUAGAGUUCUGGAAGGACCGGAUCCAUAGACAGCAACUUCUGGAACACCUGCUCAUCGAGACUCUUGACGAAAUACAGCAUUGCGACGAAGAUGAAAUCCGCGUAUGACACGCUCUGGCCUAGGAAGAAGGGCCCGUCGUGCUUCUUCAGCAGGUCAGCUACCUCCUUCAUUGCCUCCUGCGCCUGCUUCCAUCCUUCUUCCGCGUUCACCAUUGCUUCCUUGUGAACUUCUGAGAGGGGCUUGCCGAAUUCUGCUUCGCGUGUCUUGUAGAAAUACUCCUGCGACCUUUCAGGCAGCAGAGUGGGGAUUUUGGACAGGAAUUGCAGAAUGAUUGGACCAAUGAUUGCGGAGAUGUGGUCGCGGAUUGUGAUG